AUGAGAGCAUUGACUCGCCGACAGACAAAUCCCCUGCAAUGGAUGAGCGCUUCACAGCCUCCUUGGGAGGCCAUUCAGAACCUGCUAACAUCGUGUCAGAUCAUCGCAGUCACCCAGCGGGCAAUCAACGUGGCCAUGAAGAAAUUGCUGGAGGACUACCCUGACAUAUGCCAUGUCCACUGCAAGUCGAAACUAGGCAAUACACUGGAGGCCAAGAUCAACAAGGCCCAAGUCGCCCUAAAGGUCACCGGAGCAAGCCGGGAGAAUGUUAACUAUACCUGCACGUUUUCAUCGGGGACGUUGUUCUUCAACUAUAACAAGCCAUAA